CUUUGACUGAGGAUUUAAUUACAGUUUGAGAUCAAGUCAGUCAACACAGCUGGCACCUCGCUCUCCUUGUUGUUGGUCUCAAGUAAAUAAUUACCGUCUACCAAGUCAUGUCUCCAAGUGCGCUCCAAACAGAGCCCCAGGGCCAGCUUCCCAUCCGAUCAGACACCACUGUGAAGAAGCUAAAAGAGAAAUCUCGGUUUCAACUCGGAAAAGAUGAGAAGGAGCAGGUUGACCUGGUCCUGCGGACAUUCAGAUGCCUUAUCGCAGAUCUUUGCGAGCAGUUCAAGGGGGGCCACCCGGGGAGCGCCAUGGGCAUGGCAGCCAUCGGCGUAGCACUGUGGAAAUACGUGAUGCGCUACUCCCCGUCGAACCCUUCCUUCUUCAACCGCGACCGCUUCGUCCUCUCCAACGGACACACAUGCCUCUUCCAAUACGCCUUCCUGCACCUGACCGGCUACUCCGCCAUGACCAUGGACCAGCUGAAGUCGUACCAUUCCGCCCGGACCGACUCCAUCUGCCCCGGCCAUCCCGAGAUCGAGCACGACGGCAUCGAAGUCACCACCGGCCCCCUCGGCCAGGGAAUCGCCAAUGCCGUGGGCCUCGCGAUGGCGACUAAGCACCUUGGCGCUACGUAUAACCAGCCGGGCUACUCGGUCGUCGAUAAUAUGACGUACUGCAUGAUCGGCGACGCGUGUCUGCAGGAGGGCGUCGCCCUGGAGGCAAUCCAGCUGGCUGGCCAUUGGAGGCUGAAUAACCUCGUUGUGCUGUACGACAACAACCAGAUUACCUGCGAUGGAAGUGUCGAUUUGUGCAACUCGGAGGACGUCAAUGCAAAGAUGCGCGCGUGCCAGUGGAACGUGAUCGAGGUGGAUGAUGGGUGCUACGACGUCGAGGGUAUCGUGUCGGCACUGCAGGCGGCUAGGGAGAGCAGGGACAGGCCGACUUUCAUCAAUAUCCGUACCGUCAUCGGCGUCGGGAGCAAAGUGGCUGGCGAUGCGAAGGCACACGGGGCUGCGUACGGCGCUGACGAAGUGGCGAAUAUCAAGCGCGGGUUCGGCAUGAACCCGGAAGAGCAUUUCGUGGUCGGCGAGGAGGUGUACGACUUCUUCCGAGACGUCAAGCCACGCGGCAGGGCUAUCGAGGAGGAGUGGGGGCGCGUGGUUGCCGGUUACGCAGGGGAGUUCCCCGAGCUGCAUGCCGAGUUCCAGAAGCGGGUUCGGGGGGAGAUGACGGAUGACUGGAGGAGUUUGAUCCCCGCAAAGGAGAGCUUCCCCACCGCGCCGACGGCAUCAAGGAAGUCGGCGGGGCUCGUGUGCAACCCCCUGGCGUCGCAGCUGAAGAAUAUGAUGGUCGGCACGGCGGAUCUGUCGCCGUCUGUCAACAUGAUCUGGAAGGGCAAGGUGGAUUUCCAGCAUCCCGAGCUGAAGACGCAAUGCGGUAUCAACGGCAACUACACCGGCCGAUACAUCCACUGGGGCAUCCGCGAGCACGCCAUGGCGUCCAUCUCCAACGGGCUCGCCGCCUUCAACAAAGGCACCAUCCUGCCCGUGACGUCCAGCUUCUUCAUGUUCUACCUCUACGCCGCCCCCGGCAUCCGCAUGGCAGCCCUCCAAGGCCUCCAGCAAAUCCACAUCGCAACCCACGACUCCAUCGGCACCGGCGAGGACGGCCCAACCCACCAGCCCAUCGCCCUCCCGGCGCUUUACAGGGCCAUGCCGAACCUCCUCUACAUCCGUCCCUGCGACAGCGAGGAGACGGCCGGCGCCUUCACUGCCGCGCUCGAGGCCACGUCCUCGCCGACAAUCGUCUCCCUGUCGCGCCAGAACCUGCCGCAGUUCCCGGCCUAUUCGAGCCGAGAUGGUGUCCGGAGGGGCGCGUAUGUGUUUGUCGAGGAGGUUGGGGCGGAUGUCACGCUGCUUGGCGUGGGGUCCGAGAUGGGGUUUGUGGUGCAGGCGAGGGAGGUGCUGCGGAGGGAGGUUGGGCUGCGGGUUAGGGUGGUUAGCUUUCCCUGCCAGAGGCUGUUUGAGGCACAGUCGCCUGAGUAUAGGAGAGCGGUGUUGGGUGAUGCGCUGCGCGUGGUGGUGGAAGCGUAUGCGGUUAAUGGGUGGGAGAGGUAUGCUGAUGCGGGGUACUCGAUGAAGAGCUUUGGGCACUCGCUGCCUGGGAAGGCGGCUUAUGAGUACUUUGGGUUUGAUGGGGAGGUUAUUGCUCGUCGGGUUGCUGGGUUGGUGGAGGAGGUUAGGGAGAAGGGGGUGGCGAUUUUGAGAGGGGACUUUAGGGACUUGAAUGUGGUGAAGCACUAG